AACCGCACAAAACUAGUCUGCACUAAAUAAAAUAAAAUAAAAUAAAUAAAUAAAUAAAUAGGUUAUUCACCUGCUCUAACACUGAGAAACAAUACACUGCGAACAUCAGGAGAACUAAAGCGACCCUGACCAGACAGGGCAGCAGUUGAGUCAGCAGUCACAAGUUUUCAGUCCACACGACAGCGUCUCAUCUCAUGUGGUCCGACCAGAAGUGGCGCAGCCCCUCAGCUGAGCGUGAGCUGCGCAAACCGGCCAAACUUUCGGUGCUCUCACGCUCUCAUGUGUUCAGACUUGUAACAGAAGUUUGUCCCAACUCCUUGUGUUCGCGCAGUAAAGUUUUGCCCCCAUGUGCGCCGACUGUCCAACUCCUUGCGGGGAAAAGGACUCAGUCUGCCAGGUUUCAAACCGGGGCGGUGGGAUGGAGUCGCAGACAAAGCCGGAGACGGGUCAUCGAGGUGUGGGUGUGUGUCAGAAAGGCUGCGGGUUGCUGCUGUCCGGUGAGGACCUCGGUAAAGGGGACCACUGCUGUGUGGACGCUCUCCGCGCCGUGACGGACGCGCUGGAGGGAAGAAGCGCCGCUUUGGAGCACGCAGCUCGGAUGGCGAGGCUCAGGUGGAACAGGAGGGAGCAGGCGCUGCUAGCCCAGGUGACGAGCCUGCAGAACGAGGCCCAGCUCGCCGCCCUGCAGUACCAGCGGAGGCUGCACCGAUACAUGCUGCACAUCAACAGCAUCGCCGAGCAGGUCAAUGGAUACUACAAGAGCGACUCAAGAGCAACUGCCGCCAUGCAGAGCGAGACAGCCGAUAAGCCAACACACGCGGAGCCGCAGGAGCAGCUGAGCGCACCUGAGGUGAAUGGGAAGGAGUUGUCCAAAUCCAGCCAUGAGGAGACUGUGGAGGCCUUUCGUGCUGCCAAAGACCCCGUCGUGGUGCAGGUCAUCAGGCGGACCCCCAGCGGCCGCCCCCAUGGCCCCCCUCAGGAGAUCCAUGUGGUGGACGUGUGCACUCAGACUGACAUCACCUUUGAACACAUCAUGGCGCUGGCAAAGCUCCGGCCUUCGACCCCUCCUGUGCCGGACGUCUGUCCCUUCCUGCUCUCUGACAGCUGUCAUUCUCUUCAUACAAUGGAGCAGGAUUACUAUGAAGGGACAGACUACCUCUCGCCUGUUCCAGCUGACGGAGAGAGGACAGAGGACUUUGAGUAUGAGGAAGUGGAAUUGUGUCGACUCAACAGCCAGGAGAAGCUGGGGCUAACUCUGUGCUACAGAACAGAUGAAGAGGAGGAUGUGGCCAUCUAUGUCAGUGAGAUCAGUCCAAAUAGCAUUGCUGCCAGAGAUGGACGCAUCCGAGAGGGGGAUCGCAUUUUACAGAUUAAUGGCCAAGACAUACAAGACAGAGAAGAAGCUAUGGCUGCUCUCUCCAAUGAUGAGUGUCGGAACAUCGUGCUGCUGGUUGCCAGACCCGAGAUGCAGCUGGAGGAGGCCUGGCUGGAUGAUGAGCACAGUGAGUUCCUAGAGCAGCUGAAGAUGGAAAUGUUGGAGGAGCAGCAGAGAGAAGAGAUGGAAUUGGCUGCCUUACAGGAAGAGCAGGAGUAUGAACAGAGAGCAGAUGAUGACAAGCCCACCUGCUCCACCCUCCCUCAUCAUAAAGAUAGUAUACUGAGUAUAAAGGACAGAAUGGAGAACUCGGAGCAUAAUGUCUUGGCGCACAUCCAGAGACGCCUGUCCCAGUGCCUGAGAGACAAUCGGGACUCACACUGUACCAUGCGGAUGGAGGACAAAGAGGAUGAGGAUGAUGACGACACAGAAGGUGAUCGUUUCCAGCAGCUCUUGGAGCUGAAGUGUCAGAUACGUAAUAGUGGUGAGUACGACCUGUUCUACAGCCGCCGCAGCACCAUUGAAUGCAGCAUGGGGGAGCAGGGCGACGUACAGCAUGAGCUACGUAUGCUCAACGAGGAGCUGCGCAGCAUUGAGAUCGAAUGUCAGAAUAUCAUGCAGGCCCAUAACCUUCGAAAGGGUCAGCAGUCUCCCUCCACGGGCCACUCUGCGCCUUCAACCAAAAACCAAAGCCCCUGUCGGAGUGAGCAUACAAAGGGUAAGCUGGUGGACAUUAAUGAAAGGCUGGAGAAAUCCGACAAGGACAGCUCCAGUGCCUAUAACACGGCAGAGAGUUCACGGAGCACCCCUCUGGCGAUGGACCGCUCCCCAGAGCACUCGCUCCAAAGAGUGGUUAGUCUCACCAACCAGAGGAACCUUUGCAGCGGCCUUGCCACUGGUCCUUCUCUUAGCCCAAGCCCAGUCCCAGCAUGCCGUGCUCCAGUCCCGGGUAAAAGCAGCAUCCCUGACCACAGCAAUCCUUCUGAGUUGAUCCAGACAUGUCAAAGUGAAGAGGAGAGCAGAAGGAAAUUAAAGCCACGUGCUUCCCAGAAUCCUUACUUCUCUCCUUCCCACAGUUCCCAGCAGAGGCAGGUCAACAUCCCAGCUCAUGCCCGCCACUACCAGAGCUACAUGCAGCUGAUCCAGCAGCGUUCAGCUGUAGAGUAUGCCCAGAGCCAGCUCAGCCUCCUCAGUGUCUGCAAAGAGCCUCAGAGGCCCAUUAAUGAGCCCAAGAUGGAGUGGAAGGUCAAGAUUCGCAGCGAUGGCACACGCUACAUCACCAAGAGGCCUGUGAGAGACAAGAUUCUGAGGGAGCGAGCCCUAAAGAUAAAAGAAGAGCGCAGCGGGGGAAUGACCACAGACGAUGAUGCAAUGAGUGAAAUGAAGAUGGGGCGGUACUGGAGUAAAGAGGAGAGAAAGCAGCACCUGGUCAGAGCAAAAGAGCAGAGGAAAAGACGAGAGUUCAUGCAGCGUAGUCGUCUUGAAAGCUUGAAGGAGAACCCUCAGAGCAGCAGCGAGGGUCGCAAGGAAGUCAGCAUUAUAGAGCUCAGCCACAAGAAGAUGAUGAAGAAACGUAACAAGAAGAUCCUGGACAACUGGAUGACCAUUCAGGAGCUGAUGACUCAUGGUACUAAGGCCCCUGAGGGAGCCAAGGUGCACAACGCCUUCUUAUCAGUCACUACUGUAUAAAAAAAAAUAAAUAAAACAAACACACACACACCACACACACACACACAUUCUACCCCAUGCGGUAUAAUAUACUUGCCUCGUUCAAUGUGGCAUUUUUAUGAGGACAAUAGGAAUAUUUUUCACAGUUUGUAACUCAAAAAGCAUUUUGUAAAGAAUUUAUCAGUGGUGUCAUGGCAUUUUCUUCAUGUUUUUCAGUAUUGUUUUUCUCAUCACUCUAUGGGAAAAGCAUUUUUUUCUAUGAAAUUAUGACUAUAUAAUUAUUUUAUUACUUUGCUCUAAACAUGUUUAUCUUUCAGCUCUAUUUUCAUAUUUAUGUUGUAAACAUAAGUCAGAAUAGUUGUAUGAGCAUCUCAAGAAAAGUUAAUUAUUUUUGUUUUGUGUAUUAUGCACACUUGCAACACACAGUGACUCAGUGGGUUUCCUGCCUCGUCCUUUAAUUAACAGAUCUGCUCAUCCUUUAAAGCUGAAAUCAGCAACUGUCUCAAAGUUGUCAUGACGUAGUUGAAAUUAUGUCAGUGCAAAGCGCUAGACUGGAAGGUCAAGUAGUCUCAAAUACUCAGUCAUACAGUUAUCAUAAAAAUAUGACAGCUUAAGUAUGUUUUAAAAAAGUUAAAAUACAUAUUUCAGCUUUAAAGGGAUAUAAAUAUCACACAUUCCAAUCACGGUACUGUAUAACUUGAACCUAAUAAAAGAGAGAGUAUAACUAGGACAAGAAUGUCUUUAAUCCUGAAUUUAAUGACUCUGAAAUAAAUUCAGUGGCUUAAAAGGGAAAGUUCCCUUCCAACUCAUGAAAAGUUCCACCUCCAAAUGCCAUAUCUGUUUUUUUGGGGGGGGGUUGUGGUCCUUGAGGUUUUAGAUCACUGAACUUUCUAAAUUGUUAAUUUGAGCGGAAGUUUAAUAUCAUUAUUAAUGUCAUUUUUGUCAUUAGCAAUUUAAGAAAAUUGAUACCUCAUGUGAAACUCGUCAAAUGUCAUUUCUGUAAUUUGUGAACUUGAGCCACUUUUCUUACAACUUUAUGAAGAAGGAAACAAUGCUUAAGAAGCUGCUACACUGACGGGUCAAUAGAAGAAAACAACAUCUUGGACGUACAGAAUGUGUACCAUGUAUCGUACUUCGAAAAUACUUUGAGAUUUUUUUGGUGUAAAGGAACACAAACAUCCCGAGAGUCCAAAAUGUUCUGAUUCAUUGCCAGUGCUGCAGCUUUGUUUGUAUGGUUUGCAGCUUUGGGUAAAAAUAUUUUGUAUUCAGUUUUAUUUUUGCUUAAUAUUUCUGAGGUUUUUUAUUUCUACAUAUUCAGCAACAGAUGGACCUGCUCAUAGCUUUUACAUACCAGUAUUUUUACAUCAUUUUUACUCUCCAAAUACUCAGCAUAGCCUUAACAGCAAGAACUGAAUCAAUGUCACGUUUGUGUGGCAAACUGACUUAAUACACAAACUGUUUCUGGAUAUCUCUGUGCAACAGAGGUAUUAUUCAGCCUUAUUCAUGCAUUGCAAGUUUUUAGUUACUGGAAAAAUUCAUAGAUACUGUACAGUCGUUACUGAAUUAUGUUUGCGCCCACAUUAAAAUUGUGUUAGGAUGAUUGCCACUGAGCAGGACUCAGAACACAGCAUUUAUGAUCACUGAAAAACUAAACUGGUCAAAUGAACGGGCCAUUAGUUCAGUUACGUGUACAGUAUGCUCAUUCCCAAUGCCUCAUUUCUAACUGAAAUAUUGUAAAUUUGAAAUUUUAAACCCAGUCCCUGUAUCUGUUUGGAGUCAAUGUCAAUGGUCUGAUUUCAAGUAAUGCGUAGUUGGCACAUUUGUAGCCAGGUUAAAUGUGUGAUAAUGGUGAUCUUUGCGAAAGAAAUAAUAAUAAAUUAUUGUUUUUUGGUAUAAAUUUGCAAUGGAUCAUGUUUUCUUUAUUCAGACAUUUUUGAAAGAACCAGAAUCUGCUGCUACUUUGCAGUUGGUGCCGGGAGUUUGAACAAUGUAGUAAAAAUUGUAUUU